GCUCACUAGUUCGAGUAAGUACAUGUACGAAACGGCUAAAAACUGUCGAACACCAAGAGCCAUUUAAUUUCACUUUUUCAUUUAUUUUACGGGAAACGUUUACAUGGCUUUAGUUUGAGAUCCAUAUUUUACCUAUUUAUUGUGGUGGAUAGUUGUUCAAUUUUCCUCUGAAGGAGGAAAUGGCAAAUCGGGCAUACACGCUGUAAACACUGCUCGUGGAAUGAAUGUCCACAAUUAAGCCUCACAUAGUCGUGAAAGUUGUCUUGCACGGGACACGUCGCUAAGUCACAAGCAAUUAAUGGAUCUGGUUCGUUCCUGGAAAAGCGUAUCCCAUUGGUAAGCAUCGCUGGUCGAGCGUUGCGUCGAGAACGGAGAAUAGUACCGCUAUAAGAACGGGUGACCCGAAAAUACUGACCUCCGGUCCGUGGACCCCCACUACGGACCGGGUCCACGGACUACCUACGGACCGGUCCACGGACUACUACUACGGACCCCUUUACGGACCACCCCCAAAAUAGGAUAAAAAAUCAAAAUAAAGAUUACUUAGGUAUGGGUCGCACUUGGGAAAUCUUUGCCACAAUUUGUUUACUUUGCGGUGGAAAUCUGUCAUCGCGCGCCGUUGCCUAGUGCGACUGCAGGUUUUUCGCUUUAGCAAAAACUUUGCGAACCGGCAAAACAUCAAAGACGCCGUAGUGCUUGGGUGGGGCAGGCAGAUUUUCGAAAAGUCGAGCCAAACAAUGGGAAUCACAGCGUUAACUGUCAACGCUUGUCAGCGUAACAUGAAAAACGAUACGCGCGGGAAGUUCAGUUCUAGUUCGCGGUCUUUCAUCAUGAACGGACGAAGUUAUUAUUAUAAUCUCGCACAAUUUCAAGGUUUUCAUGGUUUUUACGGCGAUAGCAUGGAAUACCCGCAGUAUGUUCCCGUCUACCAUGUUAUGACUGGAAGGGGAAUGCAACCGAGCACUUCACAUGCGAGCAUUGCGCAGGAAAACACACUAUCGGCCAGUUCCGUGCAAGCAAGCGCUUCACAAGCGUCGUCGCCUUGGUCUUCCCAAUCGUCUCCUAAUCAUGAACCCGUUGAUACUGGAAAAUGAUCUUAUGAAAGAUGGUCAGAUAACGAAGAAAAAAUGCUGAUCAACCUGUGGGCCGAGAAUUUCGAUCCCAUCAACAGCAGUCAAGCCCGCAAAGCUUGGGAUGACAUCGCCAAGCAAAUACAUUUAAAAUUUGGUACUGACAAUCAUCUCCCACUUGUGCGACCCUCCGUUUCUGUCUGAAAGUUUUCCUUUCCGGUUGCGGUUUCAAAUUUUUGUGGUUUUUUAGCCGGCAAAGAUGAAAACUUUUCCCAAGUGCGACCCAUACCUUACUGCUUCUCCAAUAGAUCACUCGUGUCGGCGAAAUUUCGAGCGUUAAGCUGGGAAAAUGGAACAGACCUGGGUUCAGUCUCAGGCGCAAGUUUUAUCAUUGCACAUUGCCAUUUCCUUUGGUGUGGCUAUAAGUAUGUAUGAAAGACCGGGAAAUCUCUGGGAAGCCUUGACAUUUGUGCUGCUUCGAGUGCAUUUCCUUCGCCAUUUUGUUCAGCUCAUUCUCCCGCAGUUUUGUGAACUCGUCCAAGGCUUCACAAUUUGCUUAACAGAAUUCAAUUAUAACCAAGUUAGAACGACCUAAAAUCACGUCUUUUGCAGCCCGAUUAAGCCACAAACAGAAGGUAAGAACUUUCCAUCUUUUUGCCAUUGGCAUCUCUUCUCCCCGAAAACAGGUUUUAGACAUUAUUUUGGGGUUUUAGUAUAUAGUAUAUUUAGUAUAUAUGGCGACAAAAGUUAAUCCCAUCAAUGAACAUGAUGCAUGUUACUCCAUUUAGUUCUGUAGAUGCUACAACAUUCAGUUUAGUCAUGUGAAUAUUUCGUCAUGAAAAACAGAAUCAGUAUACAUCUUGCAUAACAUUUAGACAUUUGUUAAAGUAGAUUUUCAAUAAUACACGAAAAAAAGGGCCAUUUUUGUACAGUUUUAAUUUGGAAUUUAUUUUCAAAAGUCCCGUUGAUAAAAACUAUCCUGCUCCUUUAAGGGGGAGUUAAACCUAAGUAAAGCUAACUUUCUCAUGUGGUCCAGUGCAGUUCUCUUAUUAUCCCUUUAAAAUGUGAAGCAAGCUAAAAAUGUCUUCAAAUUAUAAUGCUUAGGGGAAUUUUAUGAAGGAGAAGGAAUGAGAUACGUGGAUUGGAACUAAAUGAUGAAAAAUGAGGGUUUAGUUAAGAUUCAAAAUUAUCUGUCAAAUUGAAAGAUGGUGGUAGUCUAUUUGCCAGUGCAUUUUUAUUUCCCUACUUUAUUCCUUGCUCAACACUCAUCCAGGUUCGUAAAAAUUCUGGUUUAACUCCCCCUGAAAGUAUUGUCUGUGUAAGUCUUUGAUAGAACUCAACAGAUUUUACUUGACAGAACUGAACUGAUUUCCUUUUAGAAUAUAUAGGAUAAAGCAGUAAAUAUAAACUGUAGGUAAAACACAACUUCAUAUUUCCAAUAAAGAAGUAGCCAAGUGGCAAAGAUUCUCUGUUGUACGAACAUUUAUAUGUAACCUCCCAAUUACUUAACUUUGUAAUAUAGAUUUAAAUUGAACUUAAUGUCAAUUAUUUGUUAAUAAGUCACGCAAUAUUUCAAACUUUAACAGUCACGAAUGACUGUUAAACAGUGACACAAAUUUAACAUAACAUUUUAAAGUUCUCUCUGGCCUUAAGAGUGUCUGUUUUGAGUGUUUGGCCAACCUUGAGCAUGAGCAAUCUCAAGAUAAACUCGAUGACUAUAGCAACUAUUACUUGAGAUAAUGUUACUGGCAGUUAUAAACCUUAAUCUAGAUUGUAUUGGAAUCUCUCCACAACUAGCUGACGCAGGCUACCAAUGACGAUGAGACUGCUAUCACUGGUUAUUUUUGAUGACACCUUUGUUCAGACGGGAUUGAUAUGGUAGUGCCUCGUCCAUGUCGCUAGCUACCAGGCAUUUGUUCCCUUGUUAAAGAAAUGACAGCGCUCAAAUCUAGCAAAACAAUACAGCUGAUCAUCUGGGCUCUCGAAUCCCACAACAUUGGAUUUUAUGGCCCUGGAGCAACCCGCACACUUUCUGAUUUUGCCUGCAAUCGUUUUUACAACCAAAGGCCCACAGGGUGGUGAAUCGACUGGUCUAACUGCUCUUCUUAUGACAAGGGUUGUUGGAUUUACAGCUUUAGCUUCUUUUGCAGUCGUAUCUGUAUCCAAUGAAUGGUGCACCACUACCUCAGUUUCAGGUAACGAUCGCUUUCGGGAUUGUGCUUUCCCUCCAGCCUUUUUUUGGAGCGAUAGCUGCUGAAAUGUUGCUCAGAUUUCGGCCUCCAUAGGCCUUUACAAUGUUUGCCACACAAUGUAGAUGGAUUCCAAUGGCCAAACAAUGAUGACAAAGGUUAUUUCGGCCAAAGAAAAUGCAAUUACAUGUACAUUUUCCACUCUUGAAGCACUGAACUCGGUGAGGAAGUGUUCCUCCACUGUCCACAAAGUAUACGCUGUCUUUGAAACCCUGGCGAAACUGAUCAUUGUUCAGCGCAGUCUUGGCUUUUUCCAGGAGACUUGCAUGUUCCUCUUUGGAAAAGUUGCCACUUAGCGCUAGGAGCUCGCUGAGAUCGCAAGCUGAUUGCCCUGUAGAGGUUUGAGCUGAGGAAAUGGACAAUGAUGUGAUCUUAAAAUUGAAGCACUUCUUGUAGGCUUCUGGAUCAGGACAAACUUUGCUGACCUUUUUAAGGAAAGCCUUUCGCUCUUCUGGGGUCAUCUCUGCAUGACUCUCUGUCAGCAAGUGUUGCUGAAACUGAUGGCAGACCUACCAUUAGUCGGACAACUGAAACCAUGCUAGUUCCUCUUCUUGGUCAAAGGACUGCACAAAGUCAUAGAGACCAAUGAUGAAUCUGUCCAUGUCCUGGAGGAGGAACUUUGUCCAGUCUUUCAUCAUGUCGUUUACUGACUCGGGCAUGUUCUGCUCAUAUGGCUUGUUUCCCAAUCCAAGGUCUUUCAGAACAAAUGCGGCCAUCUUUUUGCGCAUGUCAUCAAGCUUUUGGGUGCGAAAAUAUUGUGUAAAGGCAGGUGGGCCACUUUUCUCAGACCUUGCAGGGUCUCCCACUCUUCCAUGAGUGCUGUUGCUUUCCUGUUAAACUCUUCUAGUGAACCUGCCCCAAUUAAUCCGCUCUUUGCUUUGAAGAGAUCUUCACAAAUGCGGGAUACAAGUGCUGAAGACAGGCCAAGUCGUCUACACUUCUCCUUGAUAUUUCUCCGGCUGUGGAUAUAACAAACAAAAGGUGCUGCAUUCAAGAAACCGGCAGCAAGGGCAUUCGUUAAAGCGCGUUCAUUAUCUGUUCCAGCGGCACGCAGGAAUUCACUGAGACCAGGAAUUUCACGAUUAAGACAAUGGAUAAAGGAUAUGUACAUGAAUUCUUCCAUGAGGAGCUUUGCCCAAGAAAAAAAUUCUCAGCAGGAUGCGUAAAAUGAAACCUUGGCUUGUCACAGUGAGGCGAGAGAUCUCAGUUAUCACACGGCCGAAAUUAAUUAUCUUUUUUUGAUCCUGUCAUGCAACAAAAUAAACCAGACGCCACAAUCCACGCGCGAGUCUUAAUUUAAACACGAGAAGACUUUGGCAAUUUUCUUUCGCAAAUAUGCAACAAGUGAAGAUGUGAAAUCGAACCGACUUUUUACUUGCGGUUCUCUGAUUGCUGAGCACCUUUAUUGAACGCUUGCUGUUUUUGGAUUCGCCGAAUUUAGUCAACGGCAGAGGAAACUAAAAAUAGUGACAGUAAAAGAAGAAGUGACGUUAUGAAACUAAGUUUGAACGACAUGGAGAUAGGCUUCGUUUCUUUGUUCGUUUUCUUUAAUCAGCUAAAAUUUGUUAAAGCGUGCGUUAAGCAUAGGUAAACUCGGUGUCGUCGGUCACAUAACUUGCGUGUAACGCAAACGGUUAGUUUCCAGUACCUCGCUUGUGUCCUGGCUAUUGUUUUCGGAUGUCUGCAGAGGAUUUGUGUACUUGCUUGUGAUCGCUAUUGUGUGUCAAAGGUAAUUUCUUACUAACUGGGUAAUAUUCUACUUUGGCGGGACUUUCAAGUUUCAAAAGCAUCAUGUUUUUGAUUUGUAACUCACUUGAAGCAUCGAUAUGGUGGGAGACGAACCGUCGUCCUCCUCCGCGUUUAACGUUUCCAGUCUUUCAAGGGUUACAAGUUCGUCGCUUGACCCUCGAAAGCAUUGGUAUGUCCUUACCAAAGAAGUUUGUCGAGGUUACCCAAAGGAUUUCGCCAGGAAUGAAAUUUUUAAGUCAUUUCCAAACGAGCUUCGAAGUGUGGCUCCGCGGGAACUUCAGCCCGCCAAAUCGGCGUAUUCAAGCGACUUCCGAAGAACGCCAAAUACAGUAUAUGUCGCUUCGACCUUUGGUUUAAUUGCCGGACUACUACGUCAAAGCGGUCGUUCAGCUAGUGGCUUUCUGAAUUCAGCUGUAUUCACGCCGAUUGUAAAUCUCCUAAACUCCAUCGCCUUGGACAUGGAGCACCGCGAUGCCAUGGACUUCGCUUUUGGCGGGAAAGCGUGCCCAGUUAUUCAAGCCUCUGAGGAACUUCAAGCAGAACUGGCGGAAAAAUCACGGUCAAUUGAAUUCCUUGAACUCAAACUAAAAAACCUUCAGGGUCAGGUUGUUGAUCUUGAAACGAGUUUAAGUGAUUUUUCUUCUUCAGAGCCAACAUGCUGUUCGACUCCUGUCAACUCUCGUUCACCAUCAUCGUGCUGCAGUUCGAUCGAGGAGACAAAAUGCAGCCCAGACCUCGGAUCGACGACCAGAAAACGACAAGUUGUAGCCAAGUGCAAGGAAGUGCUAGAUUCAAUCAGUGACGUCUCUGAAAAAUAUAAAGAAUCAAUUGCUUGCGUUCUAGGAAACAGUUUUAUUUAUGGUGAUGAUGCUCAGAGAGAAAACGUGAGAAACCACAUCUCGGAGGUCAUAAAUAUUGUAAUGGACUCAAAGGGGUCGAAGAAAGGCUUUUCUGAGCUUCUGUCCUCAGAAACACACGCUCGUGUUUUCCAGAGCAUGAGAGUUCCGGAUUGGGUGCUGUUGUAUUUCAAGCUGCACACAAAGUUGCCUGAUUCAGCAUGGCAGACGCUGCUCAAUUUGACCCAACUUGGAAAGACCGGGCGAUCCAGUGAUACACCUUUACUUCUUUCAAAAAAUGAAAUCAAGGCUGUAAAGAAGUUAGUAUUUUCUGUUGUGCGGAAAACGCUGAAAAUUGGUAGAGUCAAUGAUGCUGACUUUGAAGCAUGCGAUGUGGACCUACAAUCUGUUCUUGUCUGGGCCAUACGAGAACAGCGCCUUCAUUGUUGUGACACUGAGGACCUGGAAUUCAAUGUUAAACUUGAUGGCCGUCCUCUUGGUGGGAAAAAUCAAGUGGCUGUUGGUCUGGCCCCCAUUGACUUUGCCAAUAAAAGUUCUGAGAGCGCCUUGUCAGUCUACCCUAUUGCUAUAGGGAAUUGUAAAGAGAAUAGGGCAAAUCUAAAGCAAUUGAUUAGAAAUCUUAAUUGCCAGAAGAAUGUGAUAAAAAAACAUGGCAUUGUUGUGGAUGGAAAAAAGUACAACAUCUCUUUCACAGUGACUCUGGACUACAAGGCUUUGCUGCUUCUCCUAAACAAAAAAGACGAUGAGGAUUUCCUCCUUGGUGGCAAGGGCUAUGGAGUGCAGUGUUGUGCAUUUUGUGAUGCAAUAAGGGCUUGCACUUGCCAUGGAGUUGCUGUGGAUGAGACAUGCCUGGAUUGUUUAAGAUCAAAAGCUAACAUUGGAAGGGGUACAGGCCUUCGGGAUGAUCUCAAUUUUCUUCUGGAGGAAGACUUGAGCAGCAUAAAUCUUUGCUCUCUACAUUGUGAGAUGCAAAAUUGUGAGCAGCUUCUAGGCUCAUUGGGUUUGUUUGCCUAUCGAGUUGGAACCCUGGACAAGUUGAAUGGUGCCUUGUCUGAUUAUGGGCCUGAAAACUGUAGAGGUUUUCCUAGAGUAACAGUUAAAGAACGGAAAGGACAACAAACAGCAAUAGAGAGACAAAAUAUACAUGUUGCAUCUUUUUCAGGUUCGAUGGAGAGAGAAGUUCUUAAAAACUUUGAAGAAAUUGUAGCAAGGUCACUCCCCCUUGAGAAAGUUGCCCAUUACUAUGAGGAAUGUUCUGGAGCUGCAAGAGACGUUCUGCUAAACUAUGUCACCUUUUUUGAACAGAGGAUAUCGUUUGUAGAUGAGAUACUCGACCGGGGAACCUUUGUUAGAGACUAUGGUGUGCGGCAAGAAACAAUUGACCUCGAUGACACAAAAGGUGAAAGGACAUCUCAACGAAGCUCAUUAGCUUACUAUAUUUAUAAAUUGUUCACUUAAUAAUUUUUUAUUUACUCAUCAGCCUAUUCAAUAUUCAUAACUUUCUCAAGAUCUGAAAUUGUUCUUAAUGGAGCUACAGUUCAGUCAAGGCUUCUUUGCCUAAAUUUUCAAGUUUCUCAUUUCAUUUGUAAUCAAAUUGAAUUUCCCUCAUGCUUGACCACCUAUGUCUUGGAUUACUCCUACCUAUUUGAUGUUUGUUUACCCUGGGAAACUAUUAUUUUAAGGUUUCCUUACCAGUUGGGAUUCUUAAUAUAGUCGAACCUCCUGUAAGCCACCACCCAAAAUGUGAAGCCUAGGUGGUCGCUUAUGGGAGGUGGUCACUUAUGAGAGCUUAGACCAUAAUGGGUCAAAAGUUUUCCUCAUUAGAAUAUGAUAACUGCCGAGACUUAACCCAUGAACGAAUGCCGAUGCAAUGUUUUAUUCAUGUGAAAGUCAAUUUCGAGAAAAACAUCUGGUUCUUCCCAUUGAGAAAUUGAGAUAAUGCUACAACACCUUAUCCAAUUUAUGCUCUACUAUCUGUCAAAUGGUUGCUUACCGGAGGUUAAAAACAAAGGAAAAUUUCAAACUUUUAGCUCUAAAAGUAGUCGCACUCACUAAAAAGAGGUUUCAAAUAUACCGAUUUGACUUGGA